CAUGAUUCUGGUGAGAUUUUUUGAAGAGCCGCCUGUAAAUUUUUCACUUCAUGCUUUUUCGAUCUCUUUCAGGUUCUUCCCUUUUUGUCGAGGCACCGAGAAAACCCCACCUUCCAAAACUCGUUAAUAUACUUUAUUCCACCAACUUCUUUUCAGUUGAAAUCUCGUCAUUUCAAGUGUUUUUUAUUGUGCUGCUUUCUUGUUUCCCUUAUAGUCUGGCCAUCGCUGUGUCAUGGAAGCAGAUCUACCUCAUUCUACAUUGUCCCCCACAUUGGAAGAAGAACUCGCCCGUGAUACUCGAGCACGUCAGUUGCAGUCAUUUCGACUGCGGAUUGCUCUGUUUAAACCUCUGCAAACGGUGUCGGACGAAGAACGGGAAGUCGCCCUGGACCGGAUUAUCGAAGUAGCGCAAUCCUAUCUGCAUAUUGCGCGAGCCCCGUUUUCGCCGUGUCGAAAAUUCUUGUUUUCACCCUUUUACUUCUCUUCCGAGGCUCGCGCCACCUUUGAUCCCGCUUGUUCGUCUCCGCCGCUGUCGCCGGAAGACGAAUUUUCCGUUCAAGCCUUGGAAUCAAAGUUGGAAGCAGAUAAUGCCGACGACCAGUUGCAGCAUUUCUUGCUGACCAUUCUACGCCUAUCGAAAACAUGUCCCUUUGCCGAUGUACGGCACACCCUCAGCCAUUUUUUACAAACGGUCUCUGAAGCUAGUACGGUCCCGGUGCCGCGACCAGCUCACCAUUCGCCAUCAUACUUUAUCUCGUUGAAAGAUAUUUUUUCAUUGGAAUCAACUCCCUGCGAUAGUGCAAUCAUGUCGUACCCACGCCCCUCCAAUUUUCAACGGUCGUCAUGGUCACACGAAAUCAGUUGGACCGUGAGUGAUACGGAACCACGGGAACCGUGCCUAGUUUCCCCUGCAACCGACACCACCACUUGCGACGAUGGGCGAACCACGGGGGGUCGUCCCACGGACGACUAUAUUCGACAAAUGUUUGUAAGGCUGUUUCUAGAAGAAGGACGCAUCACCAACGUGUUUCGUGUAAUGGCAUUUUUCCCUACAUUUUAUGAAAUAUAUCAUCUCACGUACACAGAAAUCCUCAAAUCCUCGACGGGACCCCUCCCACCAACAUGGAAAAUAUAUUUAGGCAUCAUGGCAGCAGCGGAACAUGGAUGUCAAUAUCUGGUGUCGUUAUUGAAGCUCGAGUUUCUUCAGGCGCAAGGCAAUGCGAAAUGGUUGAAAGGCAUUCAUCAUUGUCCCGUCAAAUUGCAACGCAUCUCCCUAAUAUUGCUGAAAAUGGCUCGGCAACCGUGGCGGUUGCGGCUUCAAGAUAUCGUAACGCUUAUCGGUGGCAUGCCAGGAUCUCCGCGUCAAGAUGCCUGGUCUAAAGGCGAACUAGUGCAAGCAAUCCUUGUCAUGGCGACGGUGCUAGGGUUAAGUACGUUUGUUCUUGGGUGUGGUAUCGCGCCGGAAGUCGACAUGCGAGGUGGAUAUACGGUUGCAGGCAACAGUAUAUUGGAUGUAUACCCAUGUGAAGGCAUUGAACGAGAACUGGAUCAAACGUUGACUCUGAUGGUUGAAGAAGAGCAAGAAGCAAUCCGCGCCGCAUCCAGUGCCACGGGCUGGCAUGACAGUUCGAUUCUUUUGUUUGAAGACCAAGACGAGAACGAAGAUUUGGUGAAAAAGCGAGGAGCCGAUUUGAUUACCAAAUUGCAAUCGUACACAUCGUCUCUCUCGUCCCCAAAAUCUUGUCCGAAUUUCACCUGGAAGCACGAUACACCCUGGACAGGUUUCAGUGACAAAGGCCACGACACCGAUGCCAAUGAGAACGAACCGGUCCGAUACCCAGCCUAUGAAGAUUUGUCUCGUUUUGCGGAUCCUGUGGCCGACAAGGAUAUCCAACGACAAGAUUUCGAACAAGUAAAAGAACAAUAUGAUCCGUUCAUGCUGGGCGUCUAUUGCUGGGAAGACCAUGGAUGCGAUAUUGUCAAUCAAUUUCUACCCGGUGUUGGCGAUGACCUAGAUGAUGAAUUCACCGAAGCUCUCAGCAUCACGGAUUGGAGUCUAUUUCUCCAUAUGACCGAUGCUGCUAUUGACACCACGCCGUUGCGGCACGCCAUAUGGUAUUAUACGCAGCGGUUGUUGGGCGUGAUCAAGGAAGACUAUAAUUAUGAAGACUUUGCGGCGUAUUUGAACGAUCGUAGCAAGGAUUACAUCAAAAGGGCGUGCUGUUUCCCCCAUCAACUAGGCGCGUUUGAUUGGAACAACAUGGGACUGCCACUUCGCGCCGAAGAAAAAUGUCAUAUGAUUCUCCUAAUCGCCUCGGCCAAAAAGCAAGCAUUGAUCUGUUACGCUCUGGCCCUGAUAGAGCAAGUAUUGUAAAAAAAAAAAAAAAAAAA